AUGGUUACACUCACCCCUCAAACCCUUCUCCGUCCCUACCUUUAUUCUCCAUCCCCUUUCCAUUCAUCCAAUUCUAAAUCCAAAUUCCUUCGUAAUCACCGGAACCCUAUUCUCCGUUGUUCCAUUGCCGAGGAUUCCAAAUCCACUGCAUCUCCGACCAAAACAGAUUCCCGCGCCAGAGACCUCUCCCCCGUUGACUGUGUAGUCGUUGGUGGUGGCAUCAGCGGCCUCUGCAUCGCUCAGGCUCUUUCUACCAAACACGCUGAUGGUGUCUCCAAUGUUGUUGUCACCGAGGCUCGAGAUAGAGUUGGUGGCAAUAUCAUCACCGUUGAGAGGGAUGGUUAUCUGUGGGAAGAAGGUCCUAACAGCUUUCAACCUUCCGAUCCUAUGCUCACUAUGGUGGUGGACAGUGGUUUGAAGGACGAACUUGUUCUGGGUGAUCCUGAUGCACCUAGGUUUGUGUUGUGGAAUGGGAAGUUGAGGCCGGUACCGGGAAAGCCGGCUGAUUUGCCUUUCUUUGACUUAAUGAGCAUUGGUGGGAAGCUAAGGGCUGGAUUUGGAGCACUUGGAAUUCGCCCUCCUCCUCCAGGUUAUGAGGAAUCGGUUGAAGAGUUUGUGCGUCGUAAUCUUGGAGAUGAGGUAUUUGAACGCUUGAUAGAGCCUUUUUGUUCAGGUGUCUAUGCUGGUGAUCCUUCAAAGUUAAGUAUGAAAGCAGCAUUCGGGAAAGUGUGGAGGCUGGAACAAAAUGGUGGUAGCAUUAUUGGUGGCUCCUUCAAAGCAAUACAAGAGAGAAAUGGAGCUUCAAAACCACCUCGUGAUCCGCGUCUUCCAAAACCAAAAGGUCAAACUGUUGGAUCAUUCCGGAAGGGACUUACGAUGUUGCCAGAAGCAAUUUCUGCCAGGUUAGGUAACAAGGUGAAGUUAUCUUGGAAGCUUUUAAGUAUUAGUAAACUGGAUAGUGGAGAGUACAAUUUGACAUAUGAAACCCCAGAAGGAGUUGUUUCUUUGCAGAGCAAGACUGUUGUCAUGACCAUUCCUUCCCAUGUUGCUAGUCCAUUGCUGCGUCCUUUGUCUUCUACUGCUGCAGAUGCACUUUCAAAGUUUUAUUACCCUCCAAUCGCUGCAGUUUCCAUUUCCUAUCCAAAAGAAGCCAUCAGAUCAGAAUGCUUGAUAGAUGGCGAGUUGAAGGGAUUUGGUCAAUUGCAUCCACGAAGCCAAGGAGUGCAAACGUUAGGAACUAUAUAUAGCUCAUCACUUUUCCCUAACCGAGCACCACCUGGAAGGGUUCUUCUCUUGAAUUACAUUGGAGGGGCCACCAAUUGUGAGAUUUUAUCAAAGACGGAGAGUGAGCUUGUUGAAGCAGUUGACCGAGAUUUGAGAAAAAUCCUUAUAAAGCCAAAUUCUCAGGAUCCAUUUGUUUUGGGUGUUAGACUGUGGCCUCAAGCUAUUCCACAAUUCUUAGUUGGGCAUCUCGAUCUCCUAGAUACUGCUAAAGCUUCUCUAAACAAUACUGGGUUUGAGGGACUGUUCCUUGGGGGCAACUAUGUGUCUGGUGUUGCUUUGGGAAGGUGUGUUGAGGGAGCCUAUGAGCUAGCAGCUGAAGUAAAUAAUUUUAUAUCGCAGAGUGUGUACAAGUAG